AUGUCAGCGUAUUCUGAUAUAAAACUUCAUUGUGAAGGUCGUGCUUGCGCAAAAUGUAGUCUUUGUCGUGAUUGGUAUUGGCGUCCUGAUGGUGAUAAGAAGGUUUAUGAAAAGCGUAUUGAUGCUAGAUGUUUUUAUCAAUAUGGUGGUUAUCCUCAUCAUCCUCGUGGUUAUCAUCAUUAUUUUUAUGAUGAUUAUUUUGGUAUUUCUACUGGUAACGACGAUUAUGAUCGUUAUCGUUUUUCUCGUUUUGGUAAUGGUCUUUUAUGUGAGUGUGAGGAAAAUCGUUUCUAA